CUUCAAAAUAAAGUGAAUAUUGAGUUAUCGUAAGAGUCUUCAUCAAAUUGAAUGGAGUUCCCAAAUAUUCGGUGUUGCUUUUUCAAAUUUAAAAUUUCACUACAUUUUUUACUUCUUAUAAUUAUUUAUACAUACAUAUAUACAUUAAAAUUUUUUCUUGGGGGUGCUGAGGCCCCCGCCAACCUCCCCUGUGUCCACCCCUGGGCGGCGGAGAAGGUAAACAUAUAGGACGUUCGAGAGGGAUCUCGAGCAUCCUGAACUGAGGAGACCAAUUUCCAUAUCAUAGCAGAUGAGGAUUAAUGCUUGGGGUGUAACCCUUUUUCUUGAUGCCUGAGAUAUGAAGGGAAAGCAUUUAAUAUAUGGAUAUGAGAAGACAUUGAAGGAUAGUGGUUAAUCCAAUGAACUUUCAACUACCAUAUCCUCCUAUAACUACACCAUCAUCGGUAGCGAGAACAUUUACUUCCUUUCAUUAUAGCAAUUGUAUCAGAGAGUGGUUAGAGAGUACUUGUGUAAUACUAAGAGCUAAAUUUGAGUAUUUUUAUGAGCCGGUUCAUUAAUUACAUGCCUAAUUCAAUGGGUUUAAGUUUAAAUUUUGAUUCUCCUCACUUAUUACCUACACCAUUCCCAUCCCAUACAUCAGAACACUCCUAAAAGUUUUGUGUUGGGCUUUUGGGCCAUAUCAAUUCACUUCAACACUAGUGCCGUUUGUGGGACCUUGAGUGAAGUUUAUGUUUGUUUACCCUAAGUUAAGGAAACAACCAAUAUUUUAUUCAAUCACCAUGAGGCAAUGUCAAGGAAAUCAGCUAACAUUGUGGAAGAUCUCAGUCACCGGCUCUCCGCUGGGUUCAGUGUGGGAAAAUUCAAGACUAGGAUCAAGCCCGGGGAUAGAACCAACUGAUGGAGUAUAUGGGUCUGAGCCUCCGGACCCACAUACUCAGAAGAGCAGAAAGCACAAGACACUGAGUGGCGCCCUCGUCGGCCAAGGGACCCCCGUCGGCCGAAAAGGUGCCAACUCAGAUUAUGGUCCUGAGCCCAAGGAACCCGGGUGCC